GUGUGUGGGUGAGGAUGUGGUUUAAAUUCUACAUCCCCGCUUAAUGCCCCAGAAACCCUUGCCGGCUUGCGACUGGCCUGCACAGGCUUGGCUAGUGUGUCAAAACGCUGCCAGAGUGCGGGAGAUCCCAGCCUCCAAGACCAGAACCUCACACACUAGGAUGAUGGCACAGUUACCGGCCUCCUCCCUCUUCCCUCUUCUGCUAGUCGGCGUCACGUGCACGAAUCCCAAGCCCCCAGAGAAGGUGAAGAUGGAUUGCGACAAAGAUGUGAAAGGCACCAUCUACGAAUAUGACGCCCUCACUCUUAAUGGAAAGGAACACAUUCAGUUCAAGCAGUACGCGGGCAAGCACGUCCUUUUCGUCAACGUGGCCACCUACUGCGGUCUGACAGCUCAGUAUCCUGAACUGAACGCACUUCAGGACGAGCUGAAGCCCUGGGGCCUGGUCGUGCUGGGCUUUCCCUGCAACCAGUUUGGGAACCAGGAACCAGGAGAGAACUCGGAGAUCCUUCCGGGGCUGAAGUAUGUGCGUCCAGGGAGAGGAUAUGUACCGAAUUUCCAGCUUUUUGAGAAAGGGGAUGUGAAUGGCAAAACAGAACAGAAAGUCUUCAGCUUCUUGAAGCUCUCCUGCCCUCACCCCUCUGAGGUGCUGGGCUCUUUCAGACACAUAUCCUGGGAGCCGGUAAAGGUCCACGACGUCCGCUGGAACUUUGAGAAGUUCCUGGUGGGGCCCAAUGGGGUCCCUGUCAUGCGCUGGUUCCACCAGGCUCCCAUCAGCACCGUCAGAUUGGACAUCCUGGAGUACCUGAAGCAGCUAAAAACGAAAUAGGAAUCCCGCGUGUGGGGCGGGAGCCAUCCUGCUUCUUACCUGAAGACCUGUUUUUAAAAAAUUCCGUAUUUCCCUACGCUGUCUUCCUAAAUGGCCUCCACUCGACCAAAUCACUCUAUCCUGCUGAAGUUCCCCCUCCCUACCAAGUAGAUUGAUGCUCAGAAGGCUGCUGCUAUUUCUCCUUGUAAGAGUACGGACGUGGGAGAAGCACAAAACACUGGAAACCCUACAUCCUCAGACGCCUGUUGCAGAUGGCAUCACUCCUAUCCAUCAAGGGAACAUCAGCCUUCCGUGAGGAUGGGUCAGUCUGCCACAGUAUCCUGGAGAAGUGCAUUCCUAGACACCACGUUGCCCCUGCUCUCUCCACCCGACAGGUGUAGAAAGAACAGUGGGGUGGUAGCACACAGUCUGGGUUCCACCUCAUAACAUUUUCCCUCCCCUAAGGACAAACACGCAUUGUCAGUUCCCAAGUCUUUUCAGAUCAUCGUUCACCCGUGACACCCACCGUCCCACAUGCACACCGACCUGUCAUUCUGGUUUAGGAGCCCUGGGGUGGAGUGGGAGCAGGGGACUGCCUCGCAUGAAGGGAGGGGCAUCUCCAGAGCCUCCCUCUCACUUAGAUCCUACAGAAACUUUCCUAGGGUCUGACCUCUAGUGCACUCAGGCUACGACACCCGGGCCAGGCGCCCUUGGAAGGAUGGGCUUUCCUCUCUCCAUCCUACGUUCCUCAGCAUCACAGCUAGCCCUGUCCUGUCCCAAUAAAAUGUUUUCUGCAGCA